AUGAACAGAGGGCCAGAGGGUGGGAAGGGCGGCACCCCCAUCCACCAGAGGAGGCCUCUUGGCGUGGGAGCCGUGAGCUUGUGCCCACUGACCCCCUGCGACCUCUCCGCCCCGUUCCCCGGCGGGCCGGAGAAGUUUUGCCUCUUUCGUGGCAAGAAGUACAGCCCUGGAGAGAAUUGGCAUCCUUACCUGGAACCUCAGGGGCUCAUGUACUGCCUCCGCUGCACCUGCUCCGAGAACACCCACGUGAGCUGUUCCCAAAUCCACUGCCCGCCGAUCCACUGUGCCAGCCCCGUCAUGGAGCCCCAACGCUGCUGCCCACGCUGUGCAGACCCUCCCCAACCGUCCGGGCUGAGGGCACCGCUGAAGCUCUGCCAGUACAACGGGACAACCUACCAGCCCGGGGCCACCUUCUCCGAGCCCGAGGCCUUCCCGUCCCGCCAGUCCAACCAGUGUGCCCAGUGCACUUGCGCGGAAGGUCAGAUCUACUGUGCCUUGAUGACGUGUCCCGAGCCCGAGCCCGGUUGCUCCUCUCCGCUCCCGGGGCCCGGCUCCUGCUGCCCGGCCUGCCAAGACAGAGCGGGCGAGAAAUCGGCAGAGGAGGAGCCCAUGGAGUUGCCCAGAGGGGUGAGACGCCCCCAAGACCCGUGCCCACGUGAAGCAUCGGGCAGGAGGGCCCCGGGGUCCACCAGUCCCACGCCAGGCCUCGGCCCCCCACCCUUCAAGCAGAAAGGAGGGAGCACCACCGUCAGAAUCGUCUUGAAGGAGAAGCCCAAGAAAGCCUGUGCUUACAACGGGAGGACCUACUCCCACGGCGAGGUGUGGCACCCCGCCCUCCGCUCCUUCGGCUCUCUUCCCUGCAUCCUCUGCACCUGCCAGGAUGGCAGCCAGGCCUGCCAGAGGGUCACCUGCCCCCUGGAGUACCCCUGCAAGGACCCGGAGCGGGUGGAGGGCAAAUGCUGCAAAAUCUGCCCAGAGGACAAAGCGAAGCCGAAUGAGGAGGAGAGCAACUUCACCAAGUGCCUCAAGCGUCCCAGCCGGGUCCCGGCCCACGAGCUCCCGUCCGAAACUCCCGAGGUCCAGCCUCAGGUCUCUGCCGAGAGGGAGUCCGCGGAGGAGGUGGUGGAGGUCUUCGUCUGGAAGCUAGUGAAAGGAAUCUUCCACCUGAUGCAGAUCAAGAAAGGCAAGAAGGAAGAGUUCCAACAAGAGGACCAGAGCUCCUCGACACUUCCGCAGACGAAUGAAGGAAGCUCCGAUGUGGAAGGUGGUCAGCUCAGUUCCCAGCAGGAAUUCGGGACCAGUGGCAAACUUGGUGGGCAGAUCUUCUGCCGAACUGAUCCCCAGGAUGAAGUUCCCCACAGGCACUUCCUGAGGGUGAAAGCAGGGUGGUUAGCGUCCGAUGGUCAGUGUCGGGAGACCCAGCCAAAGGACGGAGCCUUCCCCGGGGCCCACCUCGGCCAGACAGCCCCCAAUAAGCCUCACAGCCGCUCAGGGGAUCCUGAUGACCCCCACCCCCAUCUUCCCCUCAGGAUCCCCAGGCCGAAGGCCCGCACAGGCAAUCACCGAGCAGGGAGCAGCGGAGCGCGGCUGUGGCAGCUGGCUCCGACCCUCCCUGAGGCUCCAAGAAUCACAAGAGGAAACACUGCCCACGGCGAUGCCCCGCGGGCCGGGCCGGACACAAUCGAGGCUCUCUUUGGGGCCAGCUCGGUAAACACCCACUGUGCCAAUCCACCCCCCGCCCACCUUCCAGCUCCCAGACCAAGGCCGCCAUCCCCUGUGGUGGACUACGGGGAGGUGCCUGCCUUCUGGGAAGAUCCAAAAUGA